UUCCCCCCCUUUUAUCCUUUUCGCUAAAAUAUUGUAUUUUACGUAAUUAUUAAACUCUUUUAUUCGUUUCCAAAUUGGCACUCUUCGCUGUAAUUGCUUUAUUUAAUGAAAAUUGGUAAUUAUUAACGAAUUUGUUGGGACAGUACUUAUUGAAACUAUAAUCGAUAAAUCAUCCCUCCUUUUACAAUUUUCAGUUUUCCUAACCCCUUGCAACUUCAAGUUUCUCUCUCUACAGCUCUCUCUCUCCGCGUCUCUCUCUUUACAUCUCUCCACGUAGCGAAUUUCUCGUCGUGUUCGCAGACUGCCGGCGAGUCGAUUCGCCUUCAAUUGCAUUUUCUGUAUUGUAACAAACUCCUUAUUUUCUGUUUUUUUGAACGUGACUCGCAUCACAUCGCUUCGAUCCAGGAGUUUGACUCGGUCCUGGAGUUAUUGUGAGAAUGCGGAUAGUAUAAUUGAGUUUAUUUGUUUGGUUGGUUGUUUUUUAUUCUUCGGAGAAGACCGAGGCGUGAGAAAAACAUUUGCGGAUGAGAUGGUGGAGGGAAGAGUUUGUUCUUCUAGAGAAGCUAAACUGGAAUUUUUAAAGCAUAAAAUGCUAAAAAGGAGGAAAACAGAAACAGAGAAUGAAUCUUAUGUUGUUAGCAAGACCCUGAAUAGGAGUGGUGGUGAUGCUUUACGAACUUCUGCUCCUUGUGGUGUUAGUUUGCACAAUCAUGCUGGCCUAUAUUCAAGAUUUGGCAACAGUUCCACUGAGAAAGAUGUUUUCUCAAAGAGAAAAGUGGCUAAGUUUGACACUUCAAACCUUGAAUGGACAGAGAAAGUUCCAGAGUGCCCGGUUUAUUGUCCAACCAAAGAGGAAUUCCAGAAUCCCUUAGUUUAUAUCCAAAAAAUAGCUCCAGAAGCCUCUAAAUAUGGUAUUUGCAAGAUCAUAUCCCCUGUACAUGCUUCAGUUCCUGCUGGUGUAGUUCUUACAAAAGAAAAGGCUGGUUUCAGUUUUACAACUAGGGUACAACCACUUCGUUUCGCUGAAUGGGAUAGUGAUGACAAGGUCACCUUUUUCAUGAGUGGGAUAAACUAUUCUUUUCGUGAUUUUGAGAGGAUGGCAAACAAGAUUUUUGCUCGUAGAUAUGGUAGUGUUGGAGGCCUUCCUGCCGCUUUCAUGGAAAAAGAAUUUUGGAAUGAGAUAGCUUGUGGAAAGACUGAAAGUGUCGAAUAUGCAUGUGACGUUGAUGGUAGUGCAUUUUCAUCUUCUCCAAAUGAUCCACUUGGAAAAAGCAGAUGGAAUUUGAAGAAAAUCCCUCGGCUGCCAAUAUCUACUUUGCGUCUUCUGGAGACAGAAAUUCCAGGUGUCACUGAACCUAUGCUUUACAUAGGGAUGCUGUUUAGCAUUUUUGCUUGGCAUGUGGAAGAUCAUUACCUGUAUAGCAUCAAUUAUCAUCAUUGUGGGGCUGCAAAAACUUGGUACGGCAUUCCUGGUCAUGCAGCUAUUGAUUUUGAAAAUGUGGUGAAGGACCAUGUCUAUGCAAAUGAUAUCUUACCCGGUGAUCGGGAGGAUGGAGCUUUUGAUGUCCUUCUAGGGAAGACAACCCUUUUCCCGCCAAAUAUAUUGUUAGAACAUGAUGUUCCUGUUUACAGAGCUGUACAGAACCCUGGGGAAUUUGUAAUAACUUUCCCUAGAGCUUAUCACUCAGGAUUUAGUCACGGUUUUAAUUGUGGUGAAGCCGUUAACUUUGCAAUGGCUGAUUGGUUUCACUUGGGAUCAUUUGCGAGUCAGCGCUAUGCUUUGCUCAACAGGAUGCCUCUCCUUCCGCACGAGGAGCUUCUGUGCAAAGAAGCAAUUCUACUCCUUUAUGCAAGACCUGAACUUGAUGAGCCAGAGUACACACUUGGAGAUUUGAUAUCACAGAGAAGCAUAAAGGUUUCUUUUGUUAAUUUGAUCCGGUUUCAGCAUCAUGCCAGAUGGUGUCUGAUGAAAUCAAGAGCAUGCACAAUCGUUUCUUCUUUUUCCCAUGGAACAAUUCUCUGCAGCCAGUGCAAACGUGAUUGUUAUGUAGCAUAUCUAAACUGCCAGUGUUACUUGCAUCCUGUAUGCCUCCACCAUGAUUUCAAAUCACUAGAUUGGCCUUGUGGAGGGACUCCGACACUUGCUGUCAGGGACAACAUCUCAGAAAUGGAAGCAGCUGCCAGACAGUUCGAGGAGGAGAAGGAUGUAUGGCAGGAGUUCAAACAGAAGUAUGGGAACAGCGAUGACUUUGGUUUACUAUGUCGCAUGUUCUCCGGAGCUGAAAAUGAUAGCUACAUUCCUUAUGGAAAGAUUUCUCUUGGAUCAAACGAAGAAACAUCUGGAUGCCGAUCUGUUUUAACCAGUUGCAGCGAAACUACUAGGACUGAAUUUACAGAUGCAUCUGUUUCUCAUAUGUUAUCGUUGAAAUCAACUGAAAGGCUUAACAUGAUUGCCAAAGCUGGGCUGGAUUAUGGCAACUCCAAGUUGGAGAAUAAUAUAUAUGCAAUGCCUUUCGAAUGUUCCCAACCCUUGAACAGAAAACCUAGAUCAGAAAGGAAAGUUGUUCAGGAGGUGAACAUUAGAAACACAAUCUAUGAAGAUGAGUCGGAUUCAGAAAUAUUCAGGGUUAAGCGAAGAUCUUCUAACAAAUUGGAAAGGAAAACUGCACGUGAUUUUACAUCUGUAAAUACUGACCAGCAGGGUUUCAAGCGACUAAAAAGGCAGCAACUAGAAGUGCGCGGUGGGAGCUUAACAUCAUCAGACUGUCCUAUCCCUGAUGAUCAAAGUCAUCAUUCUGUUAUGAGCUCUACUGAAUCUAAAGAAGCUACGGUUAGUUCCAAAUUAGCCACAGGAAGCAUUUUUCCUAAGAUUAAGUUCAAGAAAAUGCCUAAUGAAAUUACGGGUAAACACGGAGAAGUGAAAAGAGAUCAGAGGCAUCGCCACGAGUCGAGAGAAAACUUAAAGCACAGGCGACACAAAGCCAAGAGUAGUGACAGUUUUAGGUGGUGAUAGAAAAUCAAACAGAAUUAGGUGAUAGUGGCUGAAUUUGACUGGUCUGCAGCUGAAGAAUCUUCAACCUAGCUAACUUGGCUAAUGACAUUCUUUUUCGGGGAAUCUAACAACAGGGAAAAGUUAGAAAUAGUGGGGCAUGAAGAUAACCAAAUAUUAGAAGUAAAGUCAUUCUUUGCCCAAGCUCCAAAAUGGGGCCAUAUUGCACAGUGAUUCUUUUGCAGUUCUCGGCUGGGGUUAUAAAAAGUCUUUGGCAGGAGAACUCACCUCUCUCUCUCUCUCUCUCUCUCUCUCUCUCUCUUAGGCACAUACAACAUGUAGGUUUUUAGGUAAGUUCUUUUUACCUUAUACAUUUAUUUGUUCUUGUAGGCAAUUCCAUUGAUGUUGGCUUAUUUCUGCUGCAUCUCUUGUAGGGUUCUGUUAUUCUUUCUUGUAGCUAUUGAUAUUAGACUAUAUCAAUAAAAUCUGAGAAAUUCCUUGUUUCA